CUCCAGUCCUUGAAACAUAUCAGGCAGCUCAUUCGCAAUGGCCACUAUGCUGAUGCUGUGAGUUCUUUUUUGAUAAAUAUUUUUUUUUUUUGUCCAGUACAUCUUUCAUGUAUGCACAACAAAGUUGAGUUAACAUGUAAAAAUAAAUACAGAAUUUUCUAUGUAAGUGGUCUAAGAUAAUUUCAAAUUUAUAUUUAUUUCAGAUUAGGGAAACACACAUAUUGAUAGAGACAGCUUUAAGAGGUCUAAGAUAUUAUCAAACUUAUGAUCGGUUCUUUUUAGGGUAAGUUUGUAGUCAAAGUUAGAAAUGACCAAAUAAGAUCCAAACAGAAAAUUGGGACUUUAGUGGAGACAAAUGAAGGAUUGCAACAAAUAUUAAUUCAGUAACUGGUAGAUUGUUAAAGGAAUGAAAUAGCGAAAUGAGGUAUGUGGAAGCUUGAAAUAAGAUAACAGGACAAAAAACAAGGACGUUUCGGCAUAAAGCCUUCUUCAGCCAACAGUAGAAAUGAAAAUAUAACAAAGAAAAGAGCACAGUAGACAACUCAAGCAGUAUACAUUUGUGUCUCUGGAAGUGGGAACACAGGAAGUGAGAGAAUAUAAAUAUUGACACUGUGAAAAAUGAAGUCCACAAUAAUAAUGGACCAGAAUAUCCAGGGAUAUAUCAACACACAGCAAUAAGAAAAUAGAUGAAAUAUAGGGAAACAGAGAAACAUCAGUAGGAUAUUAUUUGAUUAAUACCAUGUGGAGAUAUGGUGCCAAACAGCUGAAUAAAUUUAUUUUCCAUUUUAACCCUAUCUGGUGUGUUACUGCAUGAAAUCAGUGCUGUAAUGGUCACAUCCAAUGCACCUUUAUGUUCUUUUCUGUUGUAAUGAGAAGAGACCGGGAAAGUUUACAUUGCUCAAUAUCUCUUAGAUGUUCAGUAAACCUAUCAGCCAAUCUUCUCCAGUUUCACCUAUGUAACUAGAUUGUCAUCUAUGACACACAAUCGCAUAUAUUACAUUUCGGCUGACACAGGUGUAACCCUCUUUAAUGGUAAAGGUACCUUUAGGGAGGCCAAUGCUUUCAGUUUGGAGUGUAAAGGGACAAGUCCUGCAGCGGCCUCUUAAGCAUGGUUUAGUACCAACGUAAGACGGUUCAGAUCGAAGGCGACUAUGAACCAGAAGAUCACCUAGAAAGCAGUCCUUUCAUUUAGAUUGUUAAAGGAUAGUUCAAAGCUUUGGCACUUGAUCAGGUAUCAGAUGCACAUUCAAUCUCAUUUUGGUCUAAUCUGACAGAGAUUCACAUUCAAACUCAUUUUGGUCUAAUCUGUCAACAUCUGACAUAGAUUCACAUUCAAACUCAUUUUGGUCUAAUCUGUCAACAUCUGACAGAGAUUCACAUUCAAACUUAUUUUGGUCUAAUCUGUCAACAUCUGACAUAGAUUCACAUUCAAACUCAUUUUGGUCUAAUCUGUCAACAUCUGACAGAGAUUCACAUUCAAACUCAUUUUGGUCUAAUCUGUCAACAUCUGACAUAGAUUCACAUUCAAACUCAUUUUGGUCUAAUCUGUCAACAUCUGACAGAGAUUCACAUUCAAACUUAUUUUGGUCUAAUCUGUCAACAUCUGACAUAGAUUCACAUUCAAACUCAUUUUGGUCUAACCUGUCAACAUCUGACAGAGAUUCACAUUCAAACUUAUUUUGGUCUAAUCUGCCAACAUCUGACAGAGAUUCACAUUCAAACUCAUUUUGGUCUAAUCUGCCAACAUCUGACAGAGAUUCACAUUCAAACUCAUUUUGGUCUUAUCUGUCAACAUCUGACAGAGAUUCACAUUCAAACUCAUUUUGGUCUUAUCUGUCAACAUCUGACAGAGAUUCACAUUCAAACUCAUUUUGGUCUUAUCUGCCAACAUCUGACAGAGAUUCACAUUCAAACUCAUUUUGGUCUUAUCUGUCAACAUCUGACAGAGAUUCACAUUCAAACUCAUUUCCAUUACAUUAAUAAAAAAAAUUCUAGUCAGUUACCUUAUCAUCUAGAAUCUUAUGUUAAACUUAAUCAUCUGUAUUCUUUUGGUUUUUGAAUGUACAUUAACAUUCAUUCAACCAGGUUACAAAAUAUGUUUACUCAUGUAACCCUAAGGUAAAUAUUUCAUGCUGCUGUUUUCCUAUAGCACCCAUCUUUUACUUGAUACAAAUACUGUUUGUUGGGAGCACACAGACACAUUUGAAAUUGGAUAAUGUUUUCCUACUUCAUUGUUUGAAUUUGACCAACAAAGCUGUUUUACAGGACUGUUUUGAAGUUGAGCAAGAAAGACGUCUGACAGGGCUGUCAAGUCCAUAACACUUAUCAUUUGCCUAUAUGUCCUGGUUAUGAGGCCACCACUGGGCUCCAAUAUAACCAUCAGUUCUUUAGUAUCUUUAUUUAGCUGUCUACGGUCUGCAUUGCCAAUUGUUAAGUUAGCCCAAAACUCAAUUGUUAAAAAGCUGUCUUUUGUUGUUGCCUUCAGUGUUAGCAUAGUUCUUGGUUUCCUGGGAUGGAUGAGCUACACCUUGUAUCUCCUUGUACUGGAACACACCGAGGUUGGCCAGGCUAGAACAGCCCAUCUGGCCACAUCACAGAACACCAGGGCUCCCCUCUAUGCUUUCCUUGCUGUGGGACUUGCUGUCACAUUCCUUCUUUAUGGUCAGUAAAUUAAGUACUGUGAAUUUCACAUGUCUACACACAAGAUAUUGAAUUUGUUUUAUAAUUAUUGUUUUACAAUUUGACAUCUCCUAUUUGGAAGGCUGUCCACAAAACUAAAUAAUUUCACAGACUUGAUUGUUUUAUUUUAGCGGCAAGUGAAACUGUUUCAAAUAACGAGACACUAUUAUAUUAUUUACCUUGGUUUUAACUCACAUUAACCCAUUCCUGCAUUACCUGGUGCUGUGUGCCCUCUUAAUUACAUGCAUUAAUAAGUAAGGCCAACCCACUUUUUCUGGUAUUGAUAUGAUUAGGUGGCACACCUGAUGUCAUACUUUUCUAUUUACAGUUCAGUCCUUGUCGGUGAUGUGCUAUGUUUACUGUUUGCUGCCGCUGCUUCUGUGGUACAAGUCAUAUCAGGGGUAUGUCGUUUAUUUCAGAUUUGUCCCUAUUAAGGAUAGUCUUUAAUUAGUAUUCUUUAAAAUGUUCCAUAAUUGUUUGAAUAGUUUUUACAAAUAUUUUCCUAUUAAUAAGCUCAAAUUUCAAUGUGCAGCUCAAACUCCAGGCUCCAUCCAAUUUAUUUAUAAUGUGUUGAUUUUUUUCCCUAAUACCCCACCAAUCUUUUUAUGUACUUGUUAAAUGGGUGUUGUGUUAACUGUCCAGCCUACAAAAUGAUGUUAACUUAGUAUUGUGCUGACUGUCCCACUAACAAAAUGAGUGUUGUGAUAACUGCCAUGCUAACAAAAGGAUGUUAAAUGGAUGUUGUGUUAACUGUCCAGGCAAAAAAAUGAGGUUACAGUAGUGUUGUGCUAACAAAAUGAGUGUUGUGUCAACUGUUCUGCUAACACAAUGAUGUUGACUCUGUGCAGGCCAAUGUUUUUUUUUGGUUACUUUUAAUUUUUUUUUUAAGGUAAUCUCACAUAAUGGGAUACCAUAAAAAUGUUAGCUAAUAAAUACCCAUGGUGCUAUGUAUUUAAUUAUUCAGAAAUGAAUGGAGACUCAUAUUUUAUAAAUUGUGCUUGAAAAUGAUUGUGUGUUUUCUUACAGUUAUGAUUGAUAUGUGAAAAUUAUUUUACAUCUUAAAAUUUUUUUUUACACCAACAACGUAGUGUUAGGAGGAAAAAAAAACCUGUGGAAGAAAUGGUUUAAAAGUUAUUGGUAUGUUUAUUAUUCUGCAAUAUAAUAUAAAAAAAUUAAAAAAAAAUUUUUUACAAUUACAACUGUUCAUAUUUAAUACAAAUACAUUUUAAAUUAUUGAAAUUUUAAUUAAAAUUAAAUAAAUACAAAAAUAAUAAUAAAGCUAGAAUUUACAUGGCUAAAUUGGGCCUAAACAAAUACAAACACUGUCGAAAAAUCUUCUAAGCUUAGGGGCCUUCUAACAAUUAACAAUUAUUUCACUUCAACAAAAAUGUUUAAAUGAGAGUUGUGUUUCCUUUCUCACUAACAAAAAACAGUAAAAUGAGAGUUGUCUUUUCUUUCCUGCUAACAAAAUACAGUUAAAUGAGAGUUGUGUUUCCUGUCCCACUAACAAAAUACAGUUAAAUGAGAGUAAAUUCUGCUUUGCUUUGGUUUUGUAAACACAGUAUGACUACAAAACACUGAGAAAAGAAUGUCAAAUUUCAAUCACAUAAGGAAACUUAUCAAAACAAGAUGAUGGUCUAUGAGCUGAGUGUAGUUUGCUUACAUUAACUGUUGCUGUUGUUUUAUCUCCUCCCCCAGGUGGAGCCUCUUGUCCCAUGCAGUGAGAUCAGCUGUCAAGAAUCAAACCGUCAGGGACCUGGCUGUCUCACUUUUAUUCUGUGUUGCUGGUUUGGAGAUUGUUGUAAGUUUACCCUGAACAUUGUCACUGGAAUCAUUUGAGACCUUUAAAAGCAUUGAUUUUUAACCAUAUUUAGAACAAUCUUUUCCGAUUUUUACAGACUUAUUACUUUUUGCAGAUGGCAACUUUUUCUAGUUAAACAAUUACUGCACCCAACAGGCACAAAAUAAAUGUAUUUAUUUCUAUUAUUCUUUUUGCUUGUGAGUUGUGUUCAAAAUGAAAAUUAAAUUGGGAAAAAAUUAGUUGAUGAGAGUAGUUUUAUUUGUUUAAAAAAUUUGUUUAAAUGAAAAUUUAUUAGAUCUUCAUGAAACUUGAUAUUUCUCACUUAUGCUUUGCCAUUGAGCUUUUAAUUUUUGUAGCAAAGAAAUUAGAAACUAUCAUAAAUCAUUAUAGAUUCAGAGUUUCUACCAUCGAGAGUUACUCUCCCUUGUGCUUCUGGCAAUGUCUGCAUGGCCCGUUGCCAGACUUUGGUGGUAUGAAGAUGUGAACGGCAGCAAAGUGACUGCUGUGGGCUGGUCCCUAACCUGUCUUCUUGUUGCUGUCUAUCCCUUCCUGCCGGUUGUUAGAAAGGAAACACAGUACAAUCUGGUGUAAGCAUCUCUUUAAGUAAAACUUAAUUUGUUUUUGUCAUUUUAAAAAUAUGUUACAUUUGUUUAUAAGGUUUUUAGUAUUCAGUUUUGAUGGUUUGUUUUCUAUAGAUGAUGUUUAGAAAAGACUUGUUCAAUACAAAAUGCACUGACAUAAAAUUUUUAAAUUUAAUUCCUAGCAUCCUUAGUGGCUUGCUGUUCAUUAUGUUGGCCUCUGUUGUAGCAAUUAAGUAAGUUUUUUUUAUCAUUAAUUUUUUAGCUAAUAUUUAGUUUUUCUUUAAUAUAAAUUAAUUGACACAAAAUGCUCCUCUGUCCGCACACAAAACACCAUGUUCCCACAUAUUUCUUUUUCAGUAGCUCUCAAUAAAUAUUCUGCUACAGUUAAAUGAAAAACCACCAUUUGAAUAAAGGUGCAACAAGAGCAAUAUUUUCCUAUCUAUCAAAUUUACCAGCAUAACACCAACAUUACACAUAUAAUUUGUUUUUUUAUGUCUGUUAUUUCAGAUUAUCAAAAAGUAUUGAAACUUCCUGCAAAUAUUUAUGGAUAUUUCAGGUAAACACAUUUAUUAUUUCUGAACUUAAAAUAAAUAAAGUUAUUAAAAAAAAGUCACCCUCUCCAAAAAAAUAAAUAAUUACACCCCCCCCCCCCCCCCCCCCCCCCCCCCCCCCCCCCUACCCCUUACAGAUGAUUUUCUGUACUUUUUGACAAGGUGUGUUAAAUGAAUAUUUUAACCGAUUUAUAUUGCAAUCCGGCUACAAAAUUAUGUAAGUUGCUUUCAUGAGUGGGAAACUCAAUUGUUAAGAAUUCAUUAUAAGUGCAGGAAUAAAAUCAUUUUUAUAAUUAAAGUUGUAAACAGAAAAAGUGCUGCUGAUGCCCUAGAGGAUUUUAUAAUGUUGAUAUUUUCUCAGAUAUUUCUAGUCUGCCUGUCUGUAGUAACGGUCAAGUUGACCUCUGACAGCAUAACAAGAAGAGAGGGUUUGCCUCUGGUCUGUCAGCUGUCUAGCUGGUUUAUCUUAGGUAAUGGCUUUAUUAAUUCAUCUCUGCAGUACGUCACAGCAUGAGAGCACUAGGUCACAGUAUGAGAGCACUAGGUAACAGUAUGAGAGCAGUAAGUCACAGUAUGAGAGCACUAGGUCACAGUAUGAGAGCACUAGAUAACAGUAUGAGAGCAGUACAUCACAGCACGAGAGCUCUAGGUCACAGUAUGAGAGCACAAGAUAACAGUAUGAGAGAAGUAUGUCACAGUAUGAGAGCACUAGGUCACAGUAUGAGAGGAGUAUAUCACAGUACGAGAGCACUAGAUCACAGUGUGAGAGCAGGUUGUCAGAGUAUGAGAGCACUAGGUCACAGUAUGAAAGCAGCUUGUUAGAGUAUGAGAGUUGUAUGUCACAGUAUGAGAACAGCUUGUCAAGAUAUGAGAGCUGUGUGUGAGCAGUAUGAGAGCAUUAUGUCAUGGUAUGAGAGCAGUAUGUCACAGUUUGACAGCAGUGUGUUGGACUUUGGGAUUAAUCUCUACGUUUGUGACUACAUAUUUGUCAUUUACUAACGAUUCAUUACAUUUAAAACACUUUUUUUUUGUCAUUAACUUCUUCCUUAUUGCAAUAUUCUCUUGAUAAUCCACCUCAGGUUGUGGUCCUUUUUUGCCCAUGAUGUGUUUGACCAAUUUACGAGCAAGGCUGUUUUCACUAAGUUUGGGAUUUUUCGCCCCGUACCUGCUGCUCAGUAUUACGUAUCCUUUUUUAGUCAGGGCCAACAAUCGAGAAAAGAUGAAUACAGGAAUAAGAUCAACUGCAGCAUAUAUUUCAAAUAUAAGUUUCUGUAGAUUUGAAGGAAUAGUUACUUUGACAAGGGUGUUUUAAGUGCCAUGUGUCAUUUUAAAGUGUCAUUAUGUGGCAGUCACAGUACCACCACCCUAUGCCAGCGUUUCCCAAACGUUUAAGUUUGGCAGACUGGUUGAGAAGUUUCCCAUUGCAACCAGUGCCAGAUAUUGUUUUUUUUAAAAACUUUUAUUAUGUCAUAAAAAUAUUUGUAAAUCCAGAAUCAACCAGUUCAAUAGGUGAUUUAAUGCUAGCAAUAAUUUUGUGUAUAUGUCUUGUUAAGGAUGUGUUCAAAUAAAAUUUAGAUUAAAAAAAUGAGAGUCUAGGUAAUAGACUGGAUAAAACAUUUCUAAUUGAUAAAAGGUUUCUUUAUGUACUGCAUAGGUUCUUAACCUUGGGGAUGUGGGAGACAUUGAGCGGGAAGACCCAAAAAAUGAGUUUUAUUUGGAUUUGUAUUAGCAUUUUUGGUCAGGGGGUGCGGGAAAUAUGUUUUGAAAGAAAGAUGGGUCUGCUUGAAAUGUUUUUAAUCAAGGGGGGCAGUGGGGCUGCAGAAAGUUUAAGAGCCUCUGACGUAAAGGAAUUAAUCAGUGGCGCAGCCCUGGGCAGGCCAAAUGCUUGCCAUAUCCCUUCUAUGAAAAACUGCAGCUGGCCAAAGGGCAGCCAAGGGCGGACCCCCUACUCCUCACCCCCUUCUUCACUUUUGUGGCAUUUAAUUUUUGAUUUUAUCACGCUCAAAUAUUUUGAGGAGAUAAUCUCCCUUGCAAAAUUUAAGUUGCACUCUUUCAGUUUACAGCCAGUGAGUUAAGGCUGAGAUGUGUGUCUCCUUCAGGGGGGCUAAGGUGUGUCUUGAAAAUAAGCGAUCACAAACUUCCAUGACAAAAGAAGCCGAAAGUAUGGCACAGUAGGGAUUUCCACUUCAGUCAGAUGGGUUCAGUCACAUGGGUUCAGUCAGAUGGGUUCAGUCACCUUGACCAACAACUAUGUGUUGUUUUUUUUUACAUUCCCCAUUUUGCAUAGAAAAAUUAUUGGGGUUGCCAGUUUAGGCAUGAUCUUUUCACACCAAAUUUUGUAUAUGAAAUUGGUUUAUCCCUGUUUUGUGAGUUAUUUAAAUUGAUAGGUUUCACAUUAAACAUUUUAAUCUUGUACAUUGUACAGGGUCAGUUUACCACAUUUCCCAGACUCCUCAAUGCUGAGUAUUUCUUGGCUUACAAUGCUGAGUAUUUCUUGGCUUACAAUGCUGAGUAUUUCUUGGCUUACAAUGCUGAGUAUUUCUUGGCUUACAAUGCUGAGUAUUUCUUGGCUUUUAAAAAAACACUCUCAAGUUAUGAAGUUUGUUUUGAAAUAAAACUUAACUAAUGAGCGCAACGGACGAUCUUUGCUAAAUCUGCCUUUGGCAAUGCUCCAAUUUUAAAUGUUGUUAAAACAAGACUGUUGAUUUGUCCAUAACUUUAAAAAAAUCAGCUAUGAGGGAUUGUUUAUUGUGUCUCUGUUCUCACUCCUGUACUUCUGGCUAGAGAUGGAGUAUGAAACAAACAACAGAUCAGGUGACCUUGUAAGUCUCAUUGUAAACUAGUAUGACCUUGUAAGAUUGUCUCAUUGUACAUCAGUAGUAAACAGCAAAUCAUGUUUUUAACAGUGAACAUUGUCCCAUAGGCUCAUAUCAAUUAAGUUGGUUUAAAUUGGUCCAAAAAACAUAGCAGAAGGCCAAUUCUCAUAAAAAUGAAAUAUUAAUUAAAUUUAAUAUUGAUAACCUAUUUUAAAGUUUCCCAAUUUUAACUUUCUCCCCAGAAAUUUGAACAAGUUGAUUUCAGACAUGAGGGGCUUGUCAAAGAUAACAUAACUUCACCUACAUUUUCAAGACAUUUGGAGUUAUCUGACUUGAGGAGGGCUUUCUUUUUUGUAUCCUUUAAAUAAUUUUUAUAUUUGUGAUUUAUAAAACCUCCAAAAGAGGAUAUGGUAUGAGCAAAAACCUUGUUCAUUUUAACUGAUCAUUUUAAUGGACACUUAAAAUCAGAUGUACUUAUAAAAUUAUUUAUUUUAAUAUACAUUAUUUCAAGUACACAAAAUCUCUAAAAUACUUAGUCGUCAAAAAGAAAUAUUUUUUUUUGCUAUAAAUACCAUCCAAAGAGUGUACUGUGAAUUAAUCAUCCAUAAUAAUCCAUCUAAGAGAAGGCAAACUCUGAAUUUAAACCAGGAGCCAGAAUGAUCAACAAAUUGAUCAUGGGCCCUUCAAAUAUAAGAUGAAGAAGAUAAAACACAGAAAAACAUGAUUUGGCCAACCAUUUUCUGAGCUAACAUCAUUGGGGAAAAAUGUUUUACUUUGAAUCCUUGCAAAUUAAAUUAUUCAGUUUUUACUCUGCGACAAACUUGUAAUUUAAAAAAAAAAAUCACUUAUUUACAAUAACAAAGCAAGCCACCAAACAAUUGAGUUAAAUGUCUUAAUGACCCUAACACAUGCCUAGAUAUUCCUUGUACUGAUCGCCUUUUUUGGGACCGGCAACAUUGCAAGCAUCAACAGGUUUUGUUUCAUUUCUUUGGAUCAAUAGUUUUAGUUAGUUCCCAGUUUUAUGGAAACACUUUUUUAUUAGUAAUUUCAAAUGAAUUUUAUGUAAUUUACUGCUUUAUUUAAUCUGAAGGUGUCUUCAGCAUAUGAUCUCGAUGUUUUCAGAGUAUAAUCAUGUCUUCAGCAUAUAAUCCUACACCAGACCAUCCAGUAUCAUUUGUAUUUUAAAACAUUGAAUGGACAACAAUUUUGGUGUAAGCCAAAAUGAUUGUUAGACAAUCAUAUUGGUGGGACCUCCUUUGUUUGUUGAACAAUCAUGUUGGUGGGACCUCCUUUGUUUGUUAGACAAUCCUAUUGGUGGGACCUCCUUUGUUUGUUAGACAAUCCUAUUGGUGGGACCUCCUUUGUUUGUUAGACAAUCCUAUUGGUGGGACCUCCUUUGUUUGUUAGACAAUCCUGUUGGUGGGACCUCCUUUGUUUGUUAGACAAUCCUAUUGGUGGGACCUCCUUUGUUUGUUAGACAAUCCUAUUGGUGGGACCUCCUUUGUUUGUUGGACAAUCCUAUUGGUGGGACCUCCUUUGUUUGUUAGACAAUCCUAUUGGUGGGACCUCCUUUGUUUGUUAGACAAUCCUAUUGGUGGGACCUCCUUUGUUUGUUAGACAAUCCUGUUGGUGGGACCUCCUUUGUUUGUUAGACAAUCCUAUUGGUGGGACCUCCUUUGUUUGUUGGACAAUCCUAUUGGUGGGACCUCCUUUGUUUGUUGGACAAUCCUAUUGGUGUGACCUCCUUUGUUUGUUGGACAAUCCUAUUGGUGGGACCUCCUUUGUUUGUUGGACAAUCCUAUUGGUGGGACCUCCUUUGUUUGUUAGACCAUCCUAUUGGUGGGACCUCCUUUGUUUGUUGGACAAUCCUAUUGGUGGGACCUCCUUUGUUUGUUGGACAAUCCUAUUGAUGGCACCUCCUUUGUUUGUUAGACAAUCCUAUUGGUGGGACCUCCUUUGUUUGUUAGACAAUCCUAUUGGUGGGACCUCCUUUGUUUGUUAGACAAUCCUAUUGGUGGGACCUCCUUUGUUUGUUAGACAAUCCUAUUGGUGGGACCUCCUUUGUUUGUUAGACAAUCCUAUUGGUGGGACCUCCUUUGUUUGUUAGACAAUCCUAUUGGUGGGACCUCCUUUGUUUGUUAGACAAUCCUAUUGGUGGGACCUCCUUUGUUUGUUAGACAAUCCUAUUGGUGGGACCUCCUUUGUUUGUUAGACAAUCCUAUUGGUGGGACCUCCUUUGUUUGUUAGACAAUCCUAUUGGUGGGACCUCCUUUGUUUGUUAGACAAUCCUAUUGGUGGGACCUCCUUUGUUUGUUAGACAAUCCUAUUGGUGGGACCUCCUUUGUUUGUUAGACAAUCCUAUUGGUGGGACCUCCUUUGUUUGUUAGACAAUCCUAUUGGUGGGACCUCCUUUGUUUGUUAGACAAUCCUAUUGGUGGGACCUCCUUUGUUUGUUAGACAAUCCUAUUGGUGGGACCUCCUUUGUUUGUUAGACAAUCCUAUUGGUGGGACCUCCUUUGUUUGUUAGACAAUCCUAUUGGUGGGACCUCCUUUGUUUGUUAGACAAUCCUAUUGGUGGGACCUCCUUUGUUUGUUAGACAAUCCUAUUGGUGGGACCUCCUUUGUUUGUUAGACAAUCCUAUUGGUGGGACCUCCUUUGUUUGUUAGACAAUCCUAUUGGUGGGACCUCCUUUGUUUGUUAGACAAUCCUAUUGGUGGGACCUCCUUUGUUUGUUAGACAAUCCUAUUGGUGGGACCUCCUUUGUUUGUUAGACAAUCCUAUUGGUGGGACCUCCUUUGUUUGUUAGACAAUCCUAUUGGUGGGACCUCCUUUGUUUGUUAGACAAUCCUAUUGGUGGGACCUCCUUUGUUUGUUAGACAAUCCUAUUGGUGGGACCUCCUUUGUUUGUUAGACAAUCCUAUUGGUGGGACCUCCUUUGUUUGUUAGACAAUCCUAUUGGUGGGACCUCCUUUGUUUGUUAGACAAUCCUAUUGGUGGGACCUCCUUUGUUUGUUAGACAAUCCUGUUGGUGGGACCUCCUUUGUUUGUUAGACAAUCCUAUUGGUGGGACCUCCUUUGUUUGUUAGACAAUCCUAUUGGUGGGAACUCCUUUGUUUGUUGGACAAUCCUAUUGGUGGGACCUCCUUUGUUUGUUAGACAAUCCUAUUGGUGGGACCUCCUUUGUUUGUUAGACAAUCCUAUUGGUGGGACCUCCUUUGUUUGUUAGACAAUCCUGUUGGUGGGACCUCCUUUGUUUGUUAGACAAUCCUGUUGGUGGGACCUCCUUUGUUUGUUGGACAAUCCUAUUGGUGGGACCUCCUUUGUUUGUUGGACAGUCCUAUUGGUGGGACCUCCUUUGUUUGUUUGACAAUCCUAUUGGUGGGACCUCCUUUGUUUGUUAGACAAUCCUAUUGGUGGGACCUCCUUUGUUUGUUGGACAAUCCUAUUGGUGGGACCUCCUUUGUUUGUUGGACAAUCCUAUAGGUGGGACCUCUUUUGUUUGUUAGACAAUCCUAUUGGUGGGACCUCCUUUGUUUUUUGGACAAUCCUAUUGGUGGGACCUCCUUUGUUUGUUGGACAAUCCUAUUGGUGGGACCUCCUUUGUUUGUUAGACAAUCCUAUUGGUGGGACCUCCUUUGUUUGUUAGACAAUCCUAUUGGUGGGACCUCCUUUGUUUGUUAGACAAUCCUAUUGGUGGGACCUCCUUUGUUUGUUAGACAAUCCUAUUGGUGGGACCUCCUUUGUUUGUUAGACAAUCCUAUUGGUGGGACCUCCUUUGUUUGUUAGACAAUCCUAUUGGUGGGGAGACCCUCUCUUAUUUCAAUGUUUUCCUUGUUUAUAAUCCUCAGUUUUGAUCCAGUUUCUGUUUACUGUUUUCUCACUGUAUUCAACCCUUUCCUCAUGGGAUCACUCUUGAUGUUGAAGGUAAAGUUAUCAGUACCACACGUUUCAAUGCAUCAAGUCACAUGACAUCUUUCUGGUACAUUUGCAAAACUACACUUCAUAAACGUACAAAACGUCUUCAAAUCAUUUAUGACAACACUAUGAACCGUCAUUUUGGGUUGUCACAUUCUUAAAUUUAUAAUUAUGAACUUUAUUUACAAGGCAUGAGCUCCUGAAAAUAAGCACAUCCAUCUGUGCCAGGGUGUUCUGAAACAAUCAUACAUACACCAAUGAUGUCCUGAAUCCAUCACACAUACACAUAGGCUGUCCUAAAUCCAUCUUACAUAAACAGUGUGUCCUGAAUCCAUCAUAAAUACACAUGAGGUGUCCUGAACUGAAUCCAUCAUAAAUAAACAUGAGGUGUCCUGAACUGAAUCCAUCAUAAAUACACAUGAGGUGUCCUGAACUGAAUCCAUCAUAAAUACACAUGAGGUGUCCUGAACUGAAUCAAUCAUAAAUACACAUGAGGUGUCCUGAACUGAAUCCAUCAUAAAUACACAUGAGGUGUCCUGAACUGAAUCCAUCAUAAAUACACAUGAGGUGUCCUGAACUGAAUCCAUCAUAAAUACACAUGAGGUGUCCUGAACUGAAUCCAUCAUAAAUACACAUGAGGUGUCCUGAACUGAAUCCAUCAUAAAUACACAUGAGGUGUCCUGAACUGAAUCCAUCAUAAAUACACAUGAGGUGUCCUGAACUGAAUCCAUCAUAAAUACACAUGAGGUGUCCUGAACUGAAUCCAUCAUAAAUACACAUGGGGUGUCCUGAACUGAAUCCAUCAUAAAUACACAUGAGGUGUCCUGAACUGAAUCCAUCAUAAAUACACAUGGGGGUGUCCUGAACUGAAUCCAUCAUAAAUACACAUGGGGUGUCCUGAACUGAAUCCAUCAUAAAUACACAUGGGGGUGUCCUGAACUGAAUCCAUCAUAAAUACACAUGGGGUGUCCUGAACUGAAUCCAUCAUACAUACACAUAACGUAUCCUGCAUGCAUCCAUGCAGAAAAGGUUUCCUGAUUCCAUCAUACAUACACAUAGACUGUCCUGAAUCCUUCAUAAAUUCUGAUAAAUAUUCAGUUUUCAAUCAAGCAAUAAUACAAGGAAAAAAUCCUGCUUCAAAUUCUUAAAAAUAUACUUGCCUUUGCAUAAUCAGAAGUUGAUUUUUAAAUCUUAUCCGCCAGAAUGUCAUGCCACUGCUGAUUGUCAUCUGUACAUUCCGAGGUGUCCAUGUCCUUACAUCAACACCGCUCCGCUCACUGUUUCUCAUAGUUUUACUCAUGUCAGACUUUAUGGGGCUUGUAAGUCAUUCAAUCUCUUGGUGUCCGUCAAUAAUUGUGUACAAUAGUUUACAUUUUGUUUUGCCAAUAUACAAACUUAUUCCCAAUAAUUAAUACUGCACAGAAGAAUCAAAUGAUCAGCAAAAUGAAAAUUAUUCAGGUCCCAGCAUCUGUGUAAAAAAAAUGUAAUUUUUAAAGACUCCUAUUUGUCUACCCCUGUAAGGACUCAUAUUUGUCUAUACCUGUAAAGACCCCUAUUUUUCUACCCCUUUAAGGGCCACUAUUGGUCAACUCUGUAAGGACUCAUAUUUGUCUACACCUGUAAAGUCCCCUAUUUUUCUACUCCUUUAAGGACCACUAUUUGUCUACCCCUGUAAGGACCCGUAUUUGUCUACCCCUGUUGAUAACUCAAACUAUCUUCUAUUACUUGAUUUCAACCAAUUGAAGAGACGUUAACGCUUCAAUAUUUUCUUAUUUCUUACUUUGUAACUUUUUUUUUGUGGUCACUCAGAUGAUUUAUUCUCUUUUCUCCCCAGCAUUUUUUCUUCAUGGUAAAAGACUAUGGCAGUUGGCUGGACAUUGGCACCACAAUCAGUCACUAUGUUAUUGUCAUGCUAAUGAACAUAUUCCUGUUGGUCUUCACCGGCCUGUCACAUGGCCUCACUUGCUGGAGGAUCCACUGGACAAGCAGGAGAGAAAAGAUUUAUUAAAAACUUUUUUAUUUCACCAUGCUAAGCAUUCAGCUAUUUGACAGGGAUAAAGAAAGAUGCAGAAAAAAAAAAGAAAUUUUAUAAUUAAAAAACUUAAUGAGAAAUGUUUAGUUGACCCUAACAGCAUUAGAUCUAAAUAAUUUUAACUCAUUUGAAUGAACUUCUACAGCAGUGGUUCUCAACCUUUUUAAUGCCGCGAGCCUUUAAUACAUUUCCUCAUGUUGUGGCGACCCCCAAGCACAAAAUUAUUUUCGUUAAUACUUUACAACUGUGCAGUAUAUUUGUUUUUAGAUGGUCAUAGGCGACCCCUGUGAAAGGGCCGUGUGAACCCCAAAGGGGUAGCGACCCACAGGUUGAGAACCGCUGUUCUGCAGUAUCACGAAGGGGCAAAAAAUAAUGUUUAAAAAUAUUUGUAUAUGGCAAUGAAAUAGCCUUUUAAUUAUAAAUCUGGGAAAUUUCUUUCUCUUACUGGUUGG